GUAUGAAUCCAAACCUCUCUCGUGUCGCCACGUGUAACCUAUCUCCUCCAACGAUGCUGCCAUCCCUGACCACCUCAUUCUCUCUCACUCUUAUGAAGAAGACUCGGACUGAGCAAAGAAUCUACUUAAAUGGUUUCUCUCUCUAUGAAAUUCAAUGACGAACCCUAGAGAGAGAAAGGAAAUCAAAUCAAUGGCGUCUCUGCAGAGAUUCAAGCUCCUCGCGACUCACUGCGGCACCGUCGCCGAGAGCCCGACUCGAAGCCCGGUGAUCCACCUCCGCCGCCGGAAAACUUUGCGCAUGCUACUCACCCGAUCAUCAGAUCGCCGGCGAUUUCCAAACCGCAAGGGUUCGCCGGAGAUCGAGAGCACGGCGAAUCCCGGCGCCGAAGGGAAGAGGGAGAAGAUCCGAUCUCGCCAGAAACUGAAGGAACUCUUCGUCUCCUCGCCGCCGUUCGAGGGAAGAGACGGCGGAGUGGCGACGGAGACGGAGGGGCUUUCAUCGGUUAACGGCGGAGGAGACGGCUUCACAGCUCGGCGUAACGGCUUAAGCGGCUCGUUAAGGCCGGUUUCUGCUGUACUUCGAUGUAGGUUACUUCGGAGGGCUUGGCGUCCUGUUCUCGUCACUAUUCCUGAGAUCUGAACAGUAAAUUCUUUAAAAAAAAUAAAAUUAGUUAAUUAAUUUUAAAAAAUAGGAAAUAGGUAAUUUUUAGCAAUUUUAUUCACCUCUUUGCUGAUAUUCGCACCUUAUUUAUUUUUUUCAGUGUAAACUUUGUUUUGAUGAAGAAUUUUGGUGUAUGUUAAAUAUUAUA